AUGGCGCCUUCUCAGCAAGUUCUCAGCUCUCCCGAGCUCCUCGACAUGAUUCUCAGGCAAGUUCCCCGCACCCAUUUACUAACAAGCUGCCAGCGUGUCUGCCGCGUCUGGCGAGAGACCAUCACCCGGACCCCGGUUUUGAGCCAGCGCCUUUUUCUGAGUGGCGCUUCGAUUUCGCCAGUAGUCGGUCGCUAUGAGAAGAAUUUCCUGGUUGGAUACCUUCUCCCGAAGUCUGGCACUCCCCAGUGGGGACAGAUGCAUGUCGCCCAGCCGCCGGUUACCCAUCUGCGAUGGGAAGUAUCCUGGCACAGCCGACCCGAGGACCUUCCCGAGGACCUUCCUUGCGCCAUUGUGGAUCUUAAGUUCCCUCAGGGCUUACGCGUGCGCGAGUUGUUGGAGCUGGUCCUUUCGACGACAAGUGCCACCUCCGUUUGGUGGCCUACGAUCGACGACAAUUUCACGUUCUUGACUCCUGCAGACGACGACCCGAUCGAAAAGUGGCUGUGCGACCGAAUCCAGGCUGCGAACGAUUCCCUAAGCCCGGUCCUCCAACAGCUGGUUCCGACCGAAGAAAGUUUUUUCGAGAUCAUUCGUCGCCGAACGUCGAUUCCUGCUGUUUUGCGACUUCAGCAGUCCGCGCCCAAUUCGACACUCCCAUGGACUUAUGCUCAGGUCCCUGCCGAGCAGAUCUCUCCGGUUGUCGAUCUUCCCGAGGUCCCCUCCCCUCGCGCCACUUCACCCUAA